AUGUCCUCCAUUCUUCGCACACAAGUCCUCAGGACCGCGGUCCGUUCCUUGGCCACCGCCACCCGCUCCCAGAUUCAAGUCACCCCUGCCCGCUUGACGGUUGCUGCCAGAUCCUACACCUCUGCCACCACCCCAGAACCCCUGAAAUCCAACAUCUCUUCCACCUCCUCCGCCGUCGUCUCGUCGACCAAGGAUCUGAUCAUUAACAGCCAAAGGAUUGUCGCCGGCGCCGUCGUGUCCCGUCAGCCCCUGAUCCUCCGCGACCUCACCCCUUUCGAGAAGGAAUACUUCUUGUACCAAAAGAACCUUGAGCGUGACCAUGCUGCCGCCUUUGGAGCCGAUUUUUAUUUCAAGAAGGGAUCUGUAGCCGAGCGUCGCUGGAAGCAACAGGAGGCCGAGAGACAGGCAGCAGCAGCAUCAGGAGCAUCAUCUACAUCUACAGGAGCAAAGGGAUCAAAAUCAUCAAAAGGAGCAGAGGCAGUACAGGAUGAGGUAACGGAGGAGGACCGUGUUGCGGCUUUGGAGGCCAAGAUUCAGUUUAAUGACCGGAUCACGGAUGCGGAUCGCAAGAACGAUGUUCGGUCGUUGGAGCGUGCCCUUGCACGGACAUUGUACCUCAUUGUCAAGAAGCCUAGAGAUCAGCAUGCUUGGCAGUUCCCCCAGGGCGGUGUCCGUGUCUGCGAGAACUUGCAGGAGGCCACUGGUCGUGAGUUGUCUGAGGAGUGCGGAUCGAACAUGGAUCUCUGGUUCGUCGGCCGUGUGCCAGUCGGUCACUACCAGUACAAUUUUUCCAAGGACUUCGUUGCCAAGUCUUCCAACACCGCCGUCAAGGGUGCCAAGGUUUUCUUCAUGAAGGCACACAUUUUUGCUGGACAGGUCCAGGUCGACAACAAGGAAGUCGUGGAUUUCGCAUGGGUCACCAAGCAGGAGAUGAAGGACUAUGUUACCCCCGAGUACUAUGACGCCGUCAAGGACAUGUUGUCUGAUUUCUAA